GAUCUGUAGGCUACUUAUUUGUUAUAAGAUAAAAUAAGAACCCUGGAAUCUAUGCGUCAAGCGUGUAGGACCAGCACAGAUCCAAGUACAAACUUGAGUUGGGAGGUGGAAACAAGCAGGGCUUACCAGGAUAGUGCGCUUAGGGCAGUCACAAGACGCAGCCAUCCAUGAACAAAAACAUCCAGACGUUCUUUUUAUAGCUGCAUUUAUGCAAGUGCAUUUAAAUCGCGCUUGUGUAUAUGGGUAUUUGAAGUUGCCCAUAAUUUCCUUUAAGGGACAUAUUGUGCAAUGGAUAUCUCCAGGAACAUUUACGCAUCCAACUCUCUGCAAUCUUUGAUUCUUUUAAAAAAGCGGACAGAAGAAUUUUGAGGUAGGCUACACUUUUAAGUUAUUUGAACUUUUUUGUAAUGACUUUGAAACGAAAGGAGGGGCGACUGUCAAAGGAACUGACCACGAGUUAAGAAAAAAUAAUCUUAGGGAAAGAUGUCUACAUUGCUUGCCACCCACCCGAAAUCGAUUGUAUUACAUUCAAGUAGCUUGGCACUUGACGUAUAAAAACAAGACGCAUGUUCUCAAGAAAGAGGCGAGACAACGGGCUCUUUUUCACGCGUGACAUCGGGAACUGUUGGAAGAUAUAUUUUUCUCUGACAACUUUGAGUCCACAUCAUUCAAGGUAGAAGCACCUACCAGUACAUAAUUACGGUGGAAAGCCAUGCGGGCUGAGAAGAGAUGGCACAUAUUAUUGAGUAUGAUCAUUUUGCUCAUCACCUCCAGCCAGUGCAUGGACAGCAAGGAGGUAAAGCAGAGAGAAAGACAAACUCUGCUUAAUCUAAUCCUGCAAGUGAUCAGGGACAACCAGCGGGACAAGCCUGCAUCCAGGCGCAUCACCAGUGGCCUCUACUCUGUAUCUCAAGAUGUGAAGUUUUCUUCACGUGCAAAGACUGCACAUUUGUCCAAGGCGGACAAACUCAGACCAAUAGAGAUUGUCCCAAGAGACAGCAUGAAAGGCAAAUUUAUAGAACAUUUUACAGCAGGACCAGUCAAGUUUCCAUCUGAAUGCAGAACACAUUUCCAUAGGAUUUAUUACAACACAAGGGAUUGCUCCCAACCAACAUAUUAUAAAAGAUGUGCACGACUGCUAACAAGACUAGCUAUGAGUCCCCUUUGCACACAAUCAUAGAAACUGCAUGUCCUGAGGAUAUAAAAGAAGAAACUCCAGAGACGUCAGAGUAAAUAUUUUUCCAUGGAAGUGCCUUCGAAUCACUGCAGUUAACUGUCCUUUUGUUUUUAUUGACAGUCAUUUUCAUUUCACAGCAUCUUAUUUGUUUUAUAACAAUAGUAAAAUGUUUUUGCUUUUUAUCAUUAUUUGUUUGUGUUAAAAUGCUCUUUAAAAUAUAGUUUUGUUUAAAAGUGUUGCUUAUGUUACGUUAAAAAAAAAAUUAAAUGUUGCAGUCAAUUAUUUAAUAAAAUGAAAUGUAAAUAUUCUGUCCUGAUUACAAGAGAGAAUAUCUGAAUAUGAAGCAUUUUCUCAUUAAAGCCAACAUUACUCAAAUAUAUUUCUAUUUUAAAUUCAUUAUUUCAAAUGUAAAUCGAAAUAUAUAAUUUUAUCCUUUACAUUUAAAAUAUAUUUAUGUACACAAUUUGCUGACCAUGCUGUCAUUUCCAUGAUAUUUAAUGUUGGCACUUAUAGAAGUACCAAUUAUGAAUUAUUUGAAAUUAUGAAGACACAUUGUUUGAUAACAAUGGAAAUAUUGCACUGAUGCUUUGAAAGAAU